AUGAAUAAACUGCUGAUCUGUGCUGUUUUUGUGUCAUUCACAUCCUACUGUCAUUCUGCUAUUCUCGAUGAACUCUUCGAUAUCAAUGACGUGGAGAAUAAAGCUUGUAAAGAUGGAUGUGAGACGGAGAAUGUGAGAAAAUCGUCUGUCAGAAGCACUUAUGACAAACUAUACAAAUGUUACGAUUCCGAAUGCUCAAAACUAUUCGAAUUGUGUAUCAAGUAUCGAACAUGUCAGGACAACUGUGUACCCGAAAUGGCAGUUCUCCCUUACAAACAAGCGAAAGAGUUGGCGGAGAGAGUUCGUCCACCAAUCAACCCGUGCAUGGAUCUAGUGUCUGCAUGUAACUACGAAACAAUGGACAGUUAUGAGAUCCUUCGAACUGAAAAUCCAUUUCUUUACAUCUGA